AGCAUUCGUGCACACAAUGAUGGACGAGGCCGUCGAUGUGGGCAACGGGUUGUACGGGCCUGACGUCGUCUUGGAGCAGAUGGAAAGGUACUCGACCUACAUGCGCUUCAUCCACCUGGCUGGGAAGAUUGACACUAUGGUCAAAGCUGAUGACUCAGUGUUAGUCUCGACCAAGUUUUCAGUGAAGCUGCAAGUCCUUCGCAGCACGAUCGAGAAGGUUUUCCCGCACAUUAUGACGAACGAGUCGGUCGUGGCGCAGUUGAUCGGUCAGGAGCUGCUGGUUGAAGGUCGAGCGAUGUUUCUCUUCAAUGCAGCUGGAAAGUGCUUCAAGCUAAGUGUGGACGCAGACCUUGUUAAGGCCUUCAUGAUGCUAUUAAAUGAUCUUGACGCAGUGGAGACGCUCCUUGCGCGAGCUCUUAUCGCAGACAACGCAAUGAUUGGUUUUGUUCGGGAGUCUAGCGAGCCUGAUGACGAAGAGAAGAUGGCUAUUACAUGUCAGCCUGGUGUGGACAGCGUGACAGCAUGACAGCAUCUGAGUACUCGCAAAGGAAAUGCUGUCGACCUCAGACUGCAGCCGCGUGUAAGACUUCAGUAUGUACCUCGCCCUGCAGAGAACGAAUCGCCUGUAAGGAAGCAGUGGAGGAGAUUGUGGAAGGAUAUUUCUCAGCGUUUGCAUACGGACGCGA